AAUCAAGAUUUACAGACAAAAAGCAGAAAAAUUCAGAAGUCAAUCGCAAAUCUCAAAGCUUAGCCAUUAAACAAAUCAACUCUUUAAAACCUCCGACCUUAAAAUUGUAGUAUCAUCGUUCAAAAAACCCAUCUCAAAGAGUUUGUUCAGCCGCCAUUAAUGUCGUCUUUCAAUAGUCCUUACUCUUCUUCUCAUUACGCACCACCAUCAGCACCUGCUUUACCUGAAUCAUAUGACCAGCAGCAAUCAUCUUCUACUUCACACAGGUACAACGGACAACAACUGGGCUAUCCCCCAUCUUCUUCUGGAUAUGGGUAUGGGUCAUCAGGAGGAUAUCCUCCAGCACCACCACCAGCUUCGAUUUAUGGCGGGGUGAGUUUUCCACAAGGAACAAAUUCAGAAAUUAUCAGGAGUUUUCAUACAGUAGAUAAAGAUAGAAGUGGAUUUAUUGAUGAAAGGGAAUUACAAGAAGCUCUUUCGUUUGGGUAUCAGAAAUUUAGUCUUAGAACUGUUCGAUUGCUUAUGUUCUUGUUCAAAAAUACUUAUGACCCUCUUCGAAUUGGACCUAAUGAAUUUGCUGCACUUUGGAGUUGUCUUGGACAAUGGCGAGGUAUUUUUGAGAGAUUUGAUAGAGAUCGAAGUGGGAAAAUCGACUCGAUGGAACUAAAGGAUGCGCUGCUCAGUCUUGGAUAUGCAGUCCCACCUUCUGUUCUUCAAUUACUUAUAUCAAAGUAUGAUGACGGUUCUGGAAGAAGGGGUGAACUUAAUUUUGACAGCUUUGUCGAGUGUGGGAUGAUUGUGAAGGGUUUAACUGAGAAGUUCAAGGAGAAGGAUCCUCGCUACACAGGUUCAGCAACACUCUCCUACGAAACAUUCAUGACAAUGAUCAUGCCAUUUCUUGUAUCGUAUUGAUACUUUUCCCAUCUUUCUGUUUGUGAGGAUCUGUCAGUUUGUAUCUCUAACAUAGAAUAGAUGACCUUUUCCUGUAGUAGACAAUUCUUUGGUUCAAGAUGUACUGUAUUUGCUGACACCUUUUUGUGUUCACCAUGUCUGGAAAAUUGGAAGUAUAUAUGAAAUGUAUCGUUGUCUUUUCAAAUUCGUGUUGAUCAGUUAUUUUAUUUUGCAUACUUGUACAUGAGAAACACAGACUUAUUAGCAAAAGAAAACAUAUAUUUUCUGCAGUUCUGUA